AUGUCUACUCACACCAAGAAAGACGACUUCUGUCUCGAGUGUCACUGGGAGGCUUUCCACAUAGACGGAAAAGACUCCCAAGACGCCUCGGAGACUUCCGCUCAGCCUCAGUGGAACUGUCCGGAUGAUGAGCAUCACACCUUGCUGACGCAUUGUGCCGUUGACGAGGAAGUAUGCUGCGAUAUCGAUGAAUGCUCCGUCGGCUGUCCUUCGGUCUGCGAUGGCUUUGUCGACUGUGACACCGUCACUGUCUGUUCUGUAUCACACUGUGAUGAUAAAAACUGUCAGAGUGGGGAGCCGGUCUGCUUCGAUGAACACUGCUUCACUGCCAAUGACCAGAACGGCCAGCCCACAGACCACAAUGCUCUAGACUCGUUACUGGGACUAGGCCCUUCUCUACAGCUGGAAGCAUGCGAUCUGCUUCCCUCAAUGACUAUCGACCAUAGCCAGAUCCAGCCAGCAAAAACCACCGAGCACGGCCCCCCCCACCUCGCUGACUCCGCUCAGUCCACCGAUGCUUUAUUUGCACCGUACUCGACCGCGAUCAACCACUGCCACCCUCACCCCUUCCACCAUUUUCAUUGUCAUCCGUUCCCUCGAGACUCGCACAACAGUCUGGUAAAUGCCCCGUUUCCAGUCCAGAACGAAGUCAACCCGGCGGAUGUGUUCCAGAUGUUGGGCAUGUGUCCAAGCAUCUCGGCGUGCCCUGACUUCCAUGCGCACAACGAUCACAGUUGUGAAGCUUUGGGCAAGCUAGAUGAUAACACUGCGGAUUCUUUUUCGUGCUUUCACCUGCCGCACAUUGCCCAUGAAUCCUCAAAAGCGCCAGUUCACCCACAUGUGGAUGUACCGAUCAAGGGACCCUGUCGAUCCCACCAUCGAUGCCGGAUCCAUCCUCACUCGCAUCAUAUUCAUCCAUACGGCCCCUACUCCCCUUAUUCGCGCCAUUCGCGAUCCAGCGUGAGCUCACAACUGAUUUCCAGUCCGGGCGAGACACCCCCUCCGCUGGAAGGCGGGAUCUCAUCGGUGUUAACAAGUCCAGAGUCGCUCGUGGACAGCGAAGUCUAUGCCUGUAAAUGGACCAGCACCACCAUCCUUGGCGCCAAAACCACUUGCGGCGCGACGUUUUCCGAUCCUUGUGCACUGCAGGAUCAUUUGAUCGCGAACCAUAUGGGAACGAUUGACGGAUCGAAAGGCACCGGAUAUUACUGCUGCUGGGAGGGAUGUCAUCGGCCUGAUGCGCCGUUCUCGCAAAAGUCUAAGCUUCAGGGCCAUUUCCUGACGCACAGUAAUUACAAAAACUUCAAAUGUUCGGUUUGUGGCAAGCUGUUUGCCCGACAGGCGACAUUGGAACGGCACGAGCGAAGUCAUCGCGGCGAGAAGCCGUACAAGUGUGCUGAUUGUGGGAAGUCAUUCACCGACAGCAGCGAACUCAAAACGCAUUCGAGAACACAUACGGGCGAGAAGCCGUUCAAGUGCACGUAUCCGGGAUGCAAUUUUCAAACAGGCGAUUCUUCCAACAUGUCGAGUCAUCGACUCACCCACAGAGAACGGAAACACAAAUGUACCUACCUUGGGUGCAGCAAGAGUUUCACUCGACCUGAUCAAUUGAAACGACAUAUUCGGACAACCCACAAAUCGGACAGCCCGAUCUUCCCUUCCCCCAUCAUAGAUCAGUUCGCAUACCCUCUCGGCGUUUGA